AUGGCGUCGACCGACAACUCUCGUGUCCUCAUAGCUUCUCUUUUCCUGCCCCAAACGAUCUACCUGGUCUCCCGUGACUCCCCUAGUCUGACGCCAACACAUACGGUUGAUGUGAGCCAACCGACGUCGCCGGUUACCAUCCUGCCCACGUCGGCAGCAGUAGCUUCGGUGGCCGCCUCCACUUCUGACCCCCUCGCAAGUGUAUUGGCAACGACGGCAAGACAAACCCCGCCUAAACUUCUCAGCAUCGUGGAAGAUCUUAAGACUAAGGCCCAAGGCAAAGUCGAAUUACCUCAACUGCAAACAGACCUUUCUCAUCCAUUUCCAUUCCCUUCCGCACCACUAACACCCAGCCUGCUCUCACCCAGUGGAUCUUCGUCUAACCUUAAACGCCUUGGUCUUAGUGGCGUAAUCAGCACGCGACCUACCCCUACUCGUGUGCCCUCUAGCAUUGGAAACACAUUUGCAAGUCUUCAUGAAAAGAUCAUCAAUAUUUCUGGGACAGAACGGGGAAGCAGCAGGAGAAGUCAUUCUCCCGCUGAUGUUAGUACGCACGAUGAUCCGAAUCCCUCCACCUAUACGAGGUUUCCAACACCUACAGCCUCCAGCGGGUUGCCCCGUAGACGAAGCCGUGCGUCCCGAAGCUCCUCCCUCCGCAGAUCCGGCUCUGUUGCGGAUGAUAUACGGGAUUCUCGGAGAGCUGGAUCGCGCUCCGCAAAACCUUCAUUUGAGAUUGCGCCGUGUUAUCACGGAAACGUUGGUUUACACAAAGCAAUCGCGUCAGUAGAAGAAAAUAUCAAAAGAAAGUUGUGGGUUGGGAUAUUGGACUUGCCAACUGAUGAAAUGUCCCAGGAGAUGAAACUUGAGGUGGAUUUCAGGAUGGGACAAGUAGACAAUGUACCUAUUUGGGUUGGGGAUGAUGAGUUCAAGGCUGCUUACGAUGAUUUUUGCCAUCAAGUGCUUUGGCCGAGCUUACAUUAUGCAGUGCCUGAUGCUCCGAAGACAAAAGUUUUUUACGAGUCGCAAUCUUUUAAGCACUAUAAAACCGUGAAUGAAAAGUUUGCAGAGGCGAUCGUCUCGGUGUACGAGCCAGGCGACAUCAUUUGGGUGAACGAUUAUCAUUUAUUCCUCGUACCUCAACUUGUGCGCCAAAAAUUGCCAAAUGCAACUAUUGGCUUCUUUCUGCAUGUUGCCUGGCCCAGCUCAGAAAUUUUCAGGUGUCUUGCAGCCCGGACUGAGAUUCUGCGGGGCCUUCUCGGUGCGGACCUUAUCGGUUUCCAGACUCAUAACUACGCACGGCACUUCCGUCAAACCGUGUCCCGCAUUCUGGCAGUCGAGGCUGUGCCAAAAGGUAUCCAGCUCGAAAACAGCUUCGUGGAUGUAGCGGUGUUCCCCAUUGGAAUUGACGUAUUGGAUUUAAAGGCGAAGCGGAAGGAUCCAGAAGUAGAUGAGUGGGUCAAGACGGUCAAACAGAGGUACGAUGGUAAAAAGUUAAUCGUUGGACGCGACAAGCUUGAUGGUGUUGCUGGUGUGAGGCACAAAGUCAUUGCUUUCGAGCAAUUCUUGGAUAGGCAUCCUGAGUUUCAAGGCAAGGUCGUCAUGAUUCAAAUCGCGCUAUCCACAACCGAGCAGAAUGAGCUGCAAGCCUCUAUUUCUGACGUCGUCUCCCGCAUCAACUCUCGCUUCGGUUCACUCACUUACCAGCCUAUCGUUCUAUUGCAUACGCAGGAUAUCACGUUUAGUAUGUACUUGGGCCUAUUGACCGCUGCAGAUGCCUUUAUGGUUGCGAGUUUGCGGGAGGGGAUGGCCCUCAGGACCCAUGAAUAUGUAGAAUGUCAAGAGGUGACCAAACGGCCUUUGAUUUUGAGCGAGUUUACGGGGUCGUACUCGUACAGUGGUUUCAGAUCCUGUAUCGCUUUCAAUCCGUGGGAUUAUCGGAGCGCAGCAGACGCGAUCUAUCAGGCUUUAACAAUGAGCGACGAGGAAGCGAACUCACGUUGGCAGGAUCUGCAUCGCCAUGUCAACACUCAGACGGCACAAGCAUUCGUCACCUCGUUCCUCGCGAAGUGUGUCCGCGUCUAUCAAGAGCACAUCCAAAGGGAUCCAGACCUGCUUUCACACACCAGUUUGCAACACCAACUGAUACCAAAGUACAGCUCCGCUUCGAAGCGCCUGAUCUUACUCGAUCUUGAGAGCACACUUUGGACGGAAGACCCGAGAGUCAUGAGAGAAGCGGGUUUCGUGCCCCCACAAGAUAUUGUGGACACGCUCGAGAGACUUGUGAAUGGGGGGAAAAAUAUUGUUUGGGUGUUGAGCGGAUUGCCCGUCACCGGAGCAUUGGACAAGUUAGCCACAGAGGUGCCAGGGUUAGGACUCGUGGCAGAAAAUGGAUGCUUCAUCAAGGGGCCUAAUUCUACCGAGUGGUCCAGCACAGUUUCUAGGCUCAACUUCAGCUGGAAGUCCCUCUGUGUCGAGAUUCUGGGCUAUUUCACAGAGCGCACUCCCGGUUCCUAUGUUGAGGAACGUGGGGCUUCCGUCGUGUGGCGUUUCUUGACCGGACAACGCGAUGAACCUGAGAUCCAGUGGGCUAGAAGACAGGCCGCUGAGGCUCAGAACCAUGUUUGGGAUAGUUUGGGUGAACGUUUCAGUCUCCGCAUUAUCCCCGGGUCAACGAGCUUCCUUGUGCUCCCAAGGGGUGUCAGCCGGGGCCGAGCAAUCAGACCAUGGAUCCAGCCAGACGCCACCACCGGAAAUCCGCCGGUCACGGGGGCUUCAGCUCCCAUUGACGCACCCCCUGCCCAUCGGCAUACACAAGACACCUCGCUCCCACCUACACCGCCUGAUAGUGUUUUUGUUGAGCCUCUCACGCCAUCAGAUAGCUCUAUAAGUGAUAUUUCGCCUCCCUCAGAUGUCCUUGCGACGAUGAAAGGGUACGACUUCGUGCUCGCUGCAAGCAGCGAUGAGACCAUUAUUCGGAGGGUGAAUCGCUUGGAGGGAGAACGUAUUGACGUUUUCACUUGCUCGACUAGUGGUAAAGGCAGUGACGCCAAAUGGAGAUUGGAUCCAAGAUAUACAUUGGAGGCACUCAAACAACUUUCUCCUCAGUGA